GAAUCCCGGCUCCAUUCUAGGGCAGGGCUUUAGCAGAGGUUUUUGUGCUUGGCCGAUGCGCGGCCAUGGCGCUGCGCGGCUCCACCAACGAUGUGUCAAUCCACGACAUUAAAGAGGGAUUUGAUGUGGAGAAGCUCAAGACAAAUGUAGCCAAAGCCUAUCUUACAUACCACGAGAUUCCGGACGUGGGGCUCAAGCACGAACUCCUCCGCCGCAUCCGUGACCAUAUCAAGUGCCGAAAGUGUGGAACUCUCAGGGACUCGUAUCCCCCUUCUUCCUUUGUUCUUCCCUGUGAUGGAGUUGUGUGUCCGGACGAUGUCAUCCUCUUUAAAAGUUCCAUGAACUCGACGGUUGCGGCCCGUGUUCUUUCUGUGUCCCGCCAAUGCCGCAAGUUUACGUUGGACGUUUUAUGGAGCGAAGGAAUGGCACCAUACAAAGCUUUCCACCACUAUUCUUUUCCCUGGCAAAAGAUCGGCCAGCUCCAAAGCACUCGACAACCGGCAGAGGACGAAGAUCUCAGGAAAAGGAAUGCAAAGUCGAUUCAAUCACAGUUUUUAAAACUAGCAGAGCAAGAAAAGGCAUCUGAUUUAACCAGGAAACAGCUUAGACCAGAACGAGUCCGCAACAAAGCCAAGAACUCCACUGCCCGUGACGAGCAACAUUCCAGGGGUGAUGGUGCAGGCCCUUCCACAGCGAUAGUAGAACACGUAGCGCAAAGGGAAGGAGCGAGCACUAAUGCAGAUCCUUUGACUGCGGCGUAUCCUUCAAGUGGCGAGGAACUGGAAGAUGAUGGUGACCCUGGCCUUGUCCUCGACUCUGGCGACCGCCAACCCCUUGAAGCCGAAAGAAGGACUGACGUGGAAAAGAGAAGGCUGGAUCAAGAAGCUGGAAACGCCUGUGUUCCCUGCUAUGGUGACGACGGGGCGGCUCUCCAGACCCUCGAAGGCGAAGAGAGGAGGAAUCAGGACGCUGAAACUGCAGCUGGCGGACAUGGCAAAAGGAGAAGACUUGACGAUGGAAACGAGAUGUACACCAGUCGGGUUCUCAACUUCGACGACAGUGAACCGGUUGAUAAAAAUCUUAAAGUUGAAGGCAGAAAGAGAAUUCUACCUGAAAGUGAAGCUCGGUCGGAACUACACAUGGUUUCUAUUGAAGACGAAAAGACAAUGCGGGCUAGAGAUGGAAACGAGAUGUACACCGGUCGGGUUCUCAACUUCGACGACAAUGAACCGGUUGAUCAAAAUCUUAAAGCUGAAGGCAGAAAGAGAAAUCUUCCUGAAAGUGAAGCUCAAGUACACAUGGUUUCUAAUGAAGACAAAAAGACAAUGCGGGCUAGAGAUGGAAACGAGAUGUACACCGGCCGCAUGCUCAACUUCGACGAUAAUGAACCGGUCGUGCUGAACCUUGAAGGUGAAGGAGCCAAAUCUGAAACUCCCCGUGAAGUCUGCUCUGAAGGCAGAAAAAGGAAGCGCGACAAAGAAUUAAAUUAUGUGAGCGAGAUGUACACCGAACCAAUCGAUCGGAUUGGAGCUGAACGCAGGAAAAGAAAGAAAAAGGCGGAAUCUGAAGGUCCCCGACAUUCACCGCUAGAAGGCAAAAGGAGAAAGCGGAACAACGAGAGUAAGCCAUAUGUUUUUGCUGGACCCGCAUUGCGCUUUCUUGUUCUUAUGACAGGUGGGAGGGAGAUGUACAGUGGCCGUAUCCUCUACUUUGGCGAUAGUGAACGAGUCGUCCAAAACUGUGAGGUUGUAGGCAGAAAUCAAGAAGCUGAAGGUUCCCGACAGUCAGGCAAAAGGAAAAAGCUGUCCAAAGAACCCAUAAGUCACAUGUACACUGGCCGCGUUAUCAACUUUACUGACUGUGAACCGGGUGUCGAAAUUAAAGGCAGAAGGAAAAAUCAGUCAUUUGAAACACAAUCGAACCAAGAAACACAUGGAAGCAAAAGCAAAAGACGGGACCAAGAUGCCAGGAGCGAGCAGGAGCACGCGCGGCACAAAGGCAAAACGAAGAAGCUGAACCGAAAGGGCGAAAGCGAGGAACGAAACGCCUAUACCGCCGGCCACAAAGUUGACAACUCGUUCGAAGCACCAGUACCAGCUCCGAAGCGUCGCAAAAAGAAAGGUAUGCCUUUCUGUGCUGUGCUGAAGCUUUCUUCUUUGACAUGGUCAUCUCAAUACAAACAAGCUUUAUCCAACAAGCCAGUUGAUGGCCCCAGAUCUACGCCGUUGUACAAGCAGAGGCCUGACUGGGAGAAGAAAUGGAAUCCCCAGUGCCAUGUCAAGUGCGUGGGCUGCAAAAAAAACAAUGCUUCCAAGAUCUGUGUCGAAAAGCGAUGCUGCUACUGUUGUAAGUCGUCCAGAUGUGGUCGUCAUACGUCCCGCAGAAAAGUAUAGAUAGAGAGCUAUCAGCAAAGACCAGUUUUUUCUUCGCUAUUUACGUGAAGCCAGUUCCAGUACUGCUCCA